UAGUUGGGGGGGACUGGGAAGCAUUUAAGAUGGUGGCCCCCUGGGGCAGCGCUUUUAUUCGGGUGGGGUUCGGGUGGAUGAUGCCCGCUGGUGUGGGAAAUACUUUCUGUUACGUGUCUGUUCCCGGCUUCCCCAGUACAAAAAAAUAGCCAGGGUAGCAAUCCAGACCAAGGGUCUUCCCCAGGCGAAGCGGAGUUUGUUUAUCUCUGCACACCCCGUGGGUAAAGCCUGCGAGGCUGUGUGGUAGCGGGUGGAAAAGGGACAGGAGCCAUGUCGUGAGUGGGUUGUGAUGAGUUUGUGCUGCAGGCCGCUGUGGGAAGGUGGUGUAGGCCUGUGGUGAUAAGGGCAUGACAUGUUCCAGUGUUUAUUUUCCUCAUCUCUUUAUAUUGUCUCCAAUGGGAAUAAAUCCUGUUUGUGCUUCUCCUUUUCUUUGCAAUUUAUCAAGCAUUAGUCAUAUAAGUCUGAUGCUAUUCUUGUGUAUUUUUGCUAAUUGUGGGCUCCUGAGGAACAAUAAAGAAAAUGUGUAGAAUCUUGCUGACUUCAACAGCAGUAAGAGCUAAGAGAUCAUUGAAGUUGGACACUGUUAAAAAAGAUAAUCCAUCUGAUGAAACAUUUUUGAAGACCGAAAUGAAAAAUCUAAAGUCUUAUUCACCAACAACAGGAACAUGCCAAAUGAGUCCAUUUUCAUCUCCCACGAGUCAUAAUGCGCAAAAUUUCAGAAAUCACCCAUCAAAUGGAGGUGUAAUCGAGGAGAGCGAUUCAGAAAGCAGAUUAUCCAGGAGAGGGCAGCCUCAAACAGAGAAGCAUGAGUUCAUGGAAUUGCAGUCCAAAGUGAAAAGUUCAUUGGUUAGAAUUCUGGAAAUAAGAGCAAAUCUGACAAGCCUACAGGCUUUAGAGGGCAGUAGAGAGCUUGAAAAUAUUAUUGGUGUCUCCGACUUCUCUUGCCUCUUGAGUGCUGAAGUGCAAAAAACCCAAGUGCUAAUGAGUCAAGCAGAAGAACUGCAGCUGUUGAAAAGAAACCAUGGAAAACUUCCUGCCCAAGGGUACGUUCAGACUGCCAGUAGCUCUGCGUUCCUGGCGGCGCUCCUUGACUGAGCUAAAAAAACUACAGCCUUUCCUGAGAACAUCUAAAAAUGUUGCUGCGGUUCAAGGGAGGCCGUCUGUCCCUCUGCAUCGCCCUAGGACGUGCGUGUGUCUGUCCGGCUGGAGUUUUUCAGGCAGUGAGGCCCUGGGCAGACAUUCUGAACAGAUCACAUGAAUGAUGAUGCUGUUGUCUAAUUGCUAUUUAUUUUAGUCAUUCCUUAUCUCCACACAGGCAUUACGUGAAAAAUGAUUCCACAUCAACCCAAACUUCUACAUCUGCUUGACUGUACUUAAAAGGAGAGAAGAAAUGAGUGUAAACCUAUCUCCUCAGCAAAUACCAGUUCGGGAUUGCUCGUUGCUCUAGGCAGGUGCACAUCUAGAUAAAAUUUCUGGCAUCUAUUUAAACUUAACAAUGUGCACAACCAGAUAAUCUCAAUGCAAAUAAUACAGCAUGGUUGGUUUAUGUAACAGGCUGUAGAAAAUGCUGAUUUCUGUUUGCUGCUGCAUGGAAAAUAACUGUAUUUUCUCUAUGUUUUAGAUUAUUAGGCUGCUGUGGGGUUUUUUUUUUAAAAAAAAAAAAAACAAAACCACACCACUCUAACCUUGCCUCCAAGAACUGGGUGAGAAGAAACCACAUUAGAUGAACUUUUCCAGUGGGGGACGAUCCUUCCUGCCAGGGUGGGGCGGGGGGUGUGCACGCGCACUCUCAUUUAAUCAAUCCAUCACACCCCCCCUCAUGAUUUCAAUUAACCCAGCUCGUUUUGCAACAGCCUGCUUAAAAAGUCACAGCUUUUUCUGAUGGUGAUUGGGCUCAAAAGCUCCAGGAAGCUCUAUUGUGCAAGGAAUUAUUCUGAGUGCUGAAUGGGUUUAAGUUGUUCACAAACACAUUUCCCUGGCUGUGGCUGCCACGGCGAGGACGUGUUUGUUGUCCACGACGAUGUUUCCUCCAGAGUCAACCCAAGACAUGCUGUAUAAAGGAAUCAGCUUCCAGCCCGUGGCGUUAAAACACAUGACUAGUAACAUUUGCUUUUUAGGUGAACAUUUUAGUUGGAUUCUGGGUUUUAAUGAUGUAUGGGGAGAAUUGUUACAAACCAGUUUCUUUUCAUCAUCCUCAACACCACCUCUCCAACCUCGUGAAGACCCUGUGUCUCAAAUCACUGAGGAAGCUGCAGCCUCUCUCAAGGUAGAAGAGUGCAGUAGAAUGAUGAUUUUUUUUUUUUUCCCCAGAAAGUUCAACAUAAAUGUGCGCAACUGAAUGUCCUUUCUACCACUGCAAAUUACUGUUACUCAGACAGAUAAACUGGUUUUUACAACUAAUUGUUAACAACUCUGAGAACCAGAAUGAUAAAGGUGUUUAGUUUGUGGUUCAACAUGUACAAUCUCGAGCUUAGUUUUUAAUUAAUAAAAAUGGUUUUGCACUGUGCA